UGCUAUUGUUAGUUGUUCAUGUUGUUCUUACUCUUGCACUGUCUUUGAAAGAUGGCCAAGUUGUUGCCUAGAUGAAUAAUAAGAAUGCAUAUGACAUAACUUGAUAGAGACACUUCAAAUCAUAUCCUCGCCGAUAAGAACCUGUGGCUUCUCCUUGUGAAAGUUUGCAAGCACUUACGAUGAUUGAUAAUGACCAAUUGAACUGUGAAUAUUUUGAGAUGAUUUAGGUCUAUUCCUAAGGGAGGUGGCACGUUCUAUUAUUUCAAGGUGUUUGUUAGACUCGAGACUGCAUUUCAAGGUGUUUGAGAUGACCAAUUAGUAUAACCGUUUUGCUUAUUCUCACUGUCCUGGAUCUUGUGUAAAUCUUAGUCACCCAAAACUGCAUGCCAUUUAGCCUGAAGCUGCAGAAACUGUUCAAUUUUAUCAAACAUAACUGGACUCUCUGAUCUGUAUACAUUAUAAAUGAAGCUAGGUUGGGAUGGUGGUUUAGACAUAUGACUGGUCAGGCAACUUAUUAAUAGGCAAUCUCUUAGUAGUUUGGCAAUCAAAAUAAAUCUUAUUUGAGAUAUGAUUUCUGAUUAUGAAGUACAGCACAUGGAGAUCCCAGUCCAUCCAUUUUUUUAAAGAGCAGACUGGUUUUAUAUCUCAGAAUCCAGCAGCAGCAGUCAUGCACAAUGAUCGCGCCUAUAAACAAACUGGAGCACAAGUUUGAUAUAUCAAUUCCGCAAUAAGAUGCAUGUAAAACUCAUGCAUAGGUUACCGUCUGACCGGGCAAAGAGAUGAUUGAUGGGUUCUUUGCUCCUACAUUCACAAUUGCUCUAGUCUUCUGGACCACUACUGCUCAGACACCUUGUAGGGGGCUCUCCUGAUCUGAACGAUCGGCGGGAAUUUUCACCGGAAGAUGCAACAAGCUAUUAUUCAUUGAGGUGGGCGCGGAAUUAAAAGCACGCUGCGCUGAUCAUGGCUUCCCCUUUACAACCUAGGAGACCCGGUUCCCCUUUAAGCCCCUGCAGAAAGACGCCAUUAGACGCCAAUGCUCCGAGUCUGCUUGCUUAUAUUAGCAAAAUGCCAGUGAUUCGAGGACCAUCUGGGCUGAUUUUUUUUAUGGUGGUGUUUUAACUAUUGCAAACUCCUUUACACUUGUUGGCAGUGCUUUUGAAGGCAGAAAGCUCAAGGCAAUCUCUUGGGAGAUACGGCGGCUCGUCCCUAUAUGCAAAGGUAAGUGCUUGUACAUGCAGAUCUAUGCGGAUGCAGGGUUGCGGACCGGAUACAUGCGGCAUGGACGCGAGAUGGAGCUGGAAGGACCGAAGAGGGCUCCACGGACAAAUGUACAAAGGAUAGCGAGGUCAAUCCCAACCGGCCUUGAUAAGAUCCUAGCCUCGCCAUCGAAGCAGACUGCAGGAUCUCUCUGGCAGUUGUGACCAUGAUGCAGUACCUGGACUUCUCCCAGGCCAGCACCUCCAAGAAGUGGACGGCCAGCAACAGCAAGAGGCAGCCGGGCCAAGGUUUCGAUGCUCCGAGGAACAGCAUGGAGUUCUCCAUGGAGGCGCCCCACAACUACGGCGUCUUCCAAGAGGACGUCCCGUACUCUUGCAACAGCAUGAGGCAGUACCCAAAGUCCUCCUCGGCCCCCAUCAAGAAGCUGAUCCAUGAGGACGCGUCCUUCCGGCAAAAUGAAGGGCACAAGAGAGUGCCCAGCGUCAUCGCCAGGUUGAUGGGCAUGGACUCGCCGCCGAUGAACUCCGAGCUCGCCACCCACGCUGAUGAUGCCAGGCAGGCGAUGAUCGUCGCGAGGCCGGUGCCGACCAAGCAUGUCUCCUUCGCGCAGCAGAAGAAUCCUGCCCGGCAUACGGCGAAACAGGAAAUUUACACCUUCGACGACGCCGGCGACGACGAGAGGGACAUUCUUGCUCAGCUGACCAAGAGGAGUAAUGGCGGUGGUGGUGGUGAUGAGUGGAGCAAGCCGGUGCCGCGGGAGCACCCGCAGGAGGAGGAGCUGCAGAAGUUCAAGAAGGAGUUCGCGGCGUGGCAGGCCAGCAAGGUGUGGGAGCAGUCCAGGGCUCUGGAGCUGGACAGCCGGCACGUUGACGACGGCGACGGUGAUAGGUCCUCGGAGAUCGUGCCGUACAGGUACCACCAGCAGGAUCGCAGAGGGAGAGAUGGCAACAGGCGCGUGCACGACAAUGGCAGUGGCGACGCGCAUUGGAGAAGGAGGGGCAAGGAGGGCGGCGGCGGCGGCCCGUCGAUCUCCGGCAGCCGGACGUUCUCUCUGACGAGCGCGGAUGAUGGUUCUUCCGCGAGGCUGCCGCUCUCGAGAUUCUAUUACGAGGAGGAGGAGAAGCCGCUGUCGCCGACGAGGAUCGUGAUCCUGAAGCCCUGCCCGGAGCUGAGCGCCGACGACGUCGACGAGUCGUCGCUGGGAUCGCCGGAGCUGAUGAAGAACGAGAACAACAUGGAGGCGUUCCUGGAGGAGGUGAAGAUGCGGCUCAAGAUCGAGCUCGAAGGGCACAUGGCCCCCGACGACAGGGCGGCCGACCGGUGGCCCGCCGGCAGCGGCGACGUCCCCGCCGACCCGAAGCAGAUCGCGCGGAACAUCGCCGACCAGAUCAGGGAGAGCGUCACCAAGGAAAUGCACCACCCGGCGCUGCUGCGGUCGGAGUCGACGCGCUCGUACCGGAGCAGCGACGUGCAGAGCCAGAUGGACUACAUCUGCAGAGACGCCAGGAAGCAGCUCUCCGACCGGCUCAGGAACGUGCUCAGGAGGGAGCCGGAGGCCGACCAACCGUCGCCGUUCGGCUCUCACCGGAGACGGCCGGCCGCCUCGACGCCGUCGUCUUCGCCGUGGGACGAAGAGCCGCGGCCGAAGCCGACGAGCCCGAGGCGCGACGUGGCGAGGAAGGGCGACAAGAAGAUCAGGAGCAAGGAGGAGAAGAAGCGCGCGAUCGAGUCAUCCGAAGUCCGGUCCUUCAGACACGGGUGGUACAAGAGCUCCGCUACGGGGGCGGUCGUCGACUCCUCCGAUGAGUCGGCGUCGCCGAGGAACCUGAUGAGGUCGUUCUCGGCGCCGGUGUCCGGGAACUUCGUGAAGUUCCUCUCGGAGGGGGAGCCAAAGGUGCUCGCCGGAGCGCGGGUGCAGCUGAAACACGAGGGACACGGGGACUACUACGGCGGACGGCCGUCACCGGAAGAGGAGAGGGCACCGAAAGGGAGGAAGGACGGGUUCGGCAUCAAGGGUAAGGUGUCCAACCUGCGGCAGAACCUCGGGCUUAGAGCGAAGCUGUUCGGCAAGAAGCUCCACUCCGCCGCCGCCGACGAGUCGUCGUCAUCGUUCUUCCUCGACGACUUCCCGCCGAUGGGCACGCUGGUCACCGCCCCCUCCGUCCUCAUCCACCCCGGCGUCCUGCAGGAGAACUCCACCGAGGUGCCACCGAGCCCGGCGUCGUGGUGCAGCAGCCCGCCUGAUGAAAUGAUGAUCCGCGGAGGUUACCCGAGCCCCGUAUCGCCAUUGGAGGCUUCCUUCGGUGAGCACCGGUCUCCGUUGAAGCCGGCGGCGAGCUCAAGUGCUUCUGAACCAGGAAUUUCAUGGAUGGAGCAAGAUCAAGCUGAAGAAAUCCCACAAGCAAGUUCAGCAGUCCAGGACGAUGAUGACGACGACACGGCCGAGGUGGAUCACCCGACAAAAGCUUUCAUCAGAGCCGUCCUCGUCGUUGCCGGCAUGCACGGCCAGAACUCCGGCGAUCACCUCUCGUUAACCUGCCAACCGAUCAAGCCGAUCCCCAAGUGGGCGUUCGAGCAAGUCACCUCCUCGACACCACCUCCGGAAGCCGUUUCAGACGGCCAUGACGUCGACCACCGCCUCCUCUUCGACCUGAUAAACGAGGCGCUGCCCGGAGCCGCCCGGGGCUCGACGACACUGUGCGUGUUCAGCAAGUGGUACGCGGCGCCGCCGAGAAGAGCGUCCGCGGACAGGAGGCUGCUCGACGGGCUGUGGAGAUCCGUUCAGACGUGGCUGGAACCGCCAGGCGUCGACCGCGACGCCAACUCGGUGGACGGGCUCAUCGGCCGCGACAUGGGCGUGUCCCCCUGGAGCGGCGUGUUCCGCGACGACGUCGACGGGAUCGCCGAGGAGAUGGAGGCGGAGAUCCUGUCGGAGCUGGUCGACGAGACGCUGUGGGACGUGCUGCUCAACGUAGGGGACUGACUGACUGACUGACUGUGUGAUUGAGCUUGGUGUUCAGAGCAUGCAUACUUGUACAGUACAUUUUGGGGUGUGUUUUUCUCUGUUCUUCUUGUGUUCUUUCGGAGUGCUUUUGCCGGAUUUGUGAUGAGAUGUUGGUGAGUGAGUGAACGAGUGAGAGAUGUAACUAAGCUUGUGUGUGUGCGCUUGUGCGUGGAAGGAUACCGAAGAUAUCUGUCCAGAGAAAAUGCACAGGGAGACUGAAGAUGAAGGAUUCUUAUUCAUGC